CUAUCAAUCGGUUACCCGUUCCGCAAGACCCUGCGCACCAGGCUGGAUGUGUUGCACUGUGUGUCACAAAUGGGUAGCAUUGUGUGAGUGUUUGUGAAAAUAGCAAAUCUCUGAUUAAAGAAAUAAAUAAAUAUUUUCACUCUUUAAAAAGAAGUUAAAAAUUAAUUUUAAAAAUGCUAACAGAGGUUGAUGUAUUCAUCAGUAACUACACGCUGGUGGAUCCGGAAGUUUAUCAGCUUUGGAUUGAGGGAUACACCUCAACGGAGGCUGUGAAUUUCCUGAAGCUAAAAGAAAGCACUCAAAUGAUGAGUGUUCCCGUUGAACUCAUCUGUUCUGAUGUCCUGGAUCACUACCGGACGUACUCACUGUUAGAGAGAUUCCUACACUUGCCGUCAAAAUUGUCAGAACAGCCAUCGUUUCAGCUCGAGCCACAGAGUCGUUCACUCCUCAUUGAGAAAUACUACUCCCUGGACGAUGCAGUUGCUCGUGAGAUUCUGGGAAAGAAAUUAACAUCCAGGUACCGAAAAGAUCUCGAUGAGGUGUCCGAGAGGACGGGUGCCAAGCUCAAGUCCUGCCGGCGCCAAUUCGACAAUGUGAAGAGGAUUUUCAAGACUGUGGAGGAAAUGCCAGGAAAUAUGACCAACAACAUAAAGCAGCACUUUAUGCUGCCGGAUGAUCUUGCCCGGAAGUAUGCUGCGGUGGUAUUCAUUGCCUGCCUCAGAUUCGAAACCUCCAAACGCCGACUUCAGUAUUUGGAUUUCUUGGAUUUCUUCGAGUGCUCCCAAGCUGUUAUGACCUUCUGGACGUACACAUACCAGCAUUCAGGCCCAGAGUACUACGACACAGAAAUGGAUAAAGAAUUCCUUCUAGAUUUGCGAGAGCUUCGGUGUCUCGUCGAUAAAGAAAAAGAGAUCAAACAUCUCGUGUGCAUAAGACUGCGACCGACUCUUCUCGAGCGAAACUACCAGGAAUUGGAUGUCAAUUUCCGAUCAUACUGGAGGUCUCUCAUUACAAUUGCGUGCAAUUUGCAUCGUACACGUGAGCUGAGGGGAUUGUUUUUGGAGCUAUCUGAGAAGCUUAUUGAUCCAUGGAGGCAGAAUAAUUGGACCGUUGACCAAGUUAAGCUCUUCCUGCCAGCCAUAACCCAGAGUGUAUUGGAUUUGGAAGUUUCAAGGGACCAAGAUAUUCGUUGUCUGUGGGAUCGCUAUAUGCAAGUGAUCAGUACAUGCUUAAUACGAAUGUAUCAUACUUGACAGCGAAUGUGAAGAAAUGCAACCAAAAGGGACUCGGGGAAGAGACGUCGAAGAGGAUGGCAUUGGCGAUGAUUUACUAAUUAAAGAGUUUACUUGUCUCAA